AAGGUACCUUCUGGUAUUCCACACAUCACCGACUAUGCCGUCUAUACUCCGCAAUAUCUGAGUCGCCGUCGUCCCAUCCGACACCUUAUAACUGCCAGCACAAAAUUAGUGAGUCAAAACCUUCCCCAUUCUAUAGCACUCGAUGCUGAUAUCCGAAAACGCCAGAAACAAUGAAAAUACGUCUUGUCCUGGCAAAUAAUGGCAGCGUAGCUCGGGACCACCUUUCGCUGGAACGCACUUUCCUAUCUUACGUUCGCACAAGCUUGGCGCUCGCUUCGGCUGGUGUGGCAGUGGUACAAUUCUGCACCAUCGCUUCAACAAGCUUGGGGAGGAUACAAGCAUAUGCUCGCCCAAUAGGUGCACUCACCGUAUUCCUAUCCAUCAUUCUUCUCGUCAUUGGCGUCAUUCGGUUCUUCUCGGUGCAGACGCACCUGACGCGAGGCUUAUUCCCGGUUUCGCGAAUAUUCGUCUACGUCAUAUCCACCUUUCUCGUAGCUCUUAUCGCUGUUGUUUUUGGGGCGCUUGUGGCUGAGGAAAAAUCCUACUAACUAGGAAAAGCCAGAGAGUUUAUUCUCAGGCAACAAAAGGGUCGUGACUCUCGCCAGUGAGCGAGCAGCGUACCGACCCACUUUUCUCCAAAAAUUCUCAGUGGAUGCGUUCCCUGCCUAUACAUAUUGGCUCUGCUUCUCAUGUUGAUACCCAUCGUAAAUCAUAUCCCCAUUUCCGCCGUCAAGGAUCUCCUUUGCCCCUUGAAAUUUGAAAGCUUGAACUGUGCCUUGCUGUCCUAGACCUUCUAUACUUUUCUCAUUUUAUUCUGCAACUUCACUACUGGCACAAAUCACUCAAACGCUCGCGGGCAACGAAAACGUACCUAAACCCAUCUGAUCGUAGCGCAAUCCUCUCAAUCCAACGGAUGUGAAUUAUUGUGCUGCAUAAUACAUUUUUAAAGACGAAGCACAAUAAUAUCUAACGUUUGUACUAACUCCACGA